AUGAAUAAGAUUUUCAAAAAGCCAGAAGUUUGUGUUAACAUCGAGCGCUUGGACUCGGAUAUUAUUGAUGAACAUCUUCGUAACUCGACGGUCGUGUUACAAGAUAUUUUGAGAGAUAAGGAAGAAGCAGCUGUUGACUGCGACAGCGAAACGCCCUCUGACGGCGAUGCUUAUGACGGCAAUGACGACGGCCACAUGUGCCAACAUUGUGGGAAGAUCUACAAAACAGCAAGUACGUUGCACGCUCACUACCUCCUCUUGCACCCUGAGAACGAGGUAGAGGGACAAUGUGUAGCGUGCGACAAGAAGUACCCAUCUUUAUUAAGUCUGCAGAAGCAUAUGCGAUACAUGCAUCGUUACGUGCAUCGCUGCAAAGCAUGCUAUAGAACAUUUGCAACACCGGAAUUACUGGUUUUACACAGUGAGAAUUGUAGCAAAACUGAGACACCUUGUACUAAGUGUUGCAAGGUAUUCGACUCUCCACUCGCUUUACGAAACCAUAUCAAGUAUAAACACCCGGAGAAGAGGAAUCACUGGUGCCAACUGUGCCGCCGCACCUUCACCACUCAUCGUGGAUUGAUGAACCAUAAUGCAACAAUUCAUCCGCCGGGAGCAACUAAUUGCAACUGGUGUGAAAAGACUUUCAACUCGGUGACAGCGCUUCAGAGUCACAUACUUUACAAACAUAAAGAAGACGGAUCUAAAUGUGCCCAGUGUCACAAAGUAUUCGCAAAGAAGGUAUGUCUACGAAAGCAUUUAGUCAAGAAUCAUCAAUAUACCAUGAGUGAGGCCGACGCUGCUGAGACUAUUAUCUCCUCUGAGUGA